UGCUGUUUCUUUGGUCGAUUAGUUUAACUAUUUUUCCAGAUUCGAACAUGAAUCUGCGGCUGGAACCCGCCACGAUAAAGACGGAAGACACGGACAGUGAGGAUAUGAACUCAAUACGGUCUCUUCUCCAGAAUCCCUUCGAGAGGAGACCGUUGGUGGAACAACUCAAAGUAAAACAGCGUGGACCAGAUCAGCCUGACAUCAAAAUAAGCCAACAAGCCAACCAGAAAGAACGCCGGGGACAGACACGGGGUGGACUGUUACGGGAGUGCGGGACAUGAAGCAUUUAUCCGAGAAGAUAAAGAAACACGAGUGUACGAAGGCACACAUGGAGAACACGGUCAAGCUGAUGAUGCUAGGCAGAGCUAGCAUCGCGACGCAGCUGGAUGAAGUUCACAGGCUCGCUGUGAGGAAGCACAACGAAGAGGUGGACAGGAACCGCCACAUCUUAUCCAAGAUCAUAGAUUGUAUUAAAUUCUGCGGGGCGUUCGAGCUGGCUCUGCACGGCCACGAUGAGACUGAAUCUCCAGACAAGCCCGGCGUGUUUAAGGGCCUGGUGGAUCUGGUCGCAUCGCUCGAUACCGUGCUGGAGGAGCAUCUGAGGACAGCGACGGUUUUCAAAGGCACCUCGAAGACCAUGCAGAACGAACUGCUGGAAUGCAUGCUGUCAGUGCUCAAAACUCACAUUCUGGAGGAAGUUAAAAGUGCGGAUUAUCUCGCCAUCCAGGCUGAUGAGACGACUUUUAGUUCCACCCACUGCCAGUUGGUGCUGGUGCUGUGAUACAUCGACUCUUGUCACAGCAUCCAGGAGCGUUUCUUCGAGUUCGUCCCUCUUGAGGAUGCAGCAGCUGACACGAUCGCCGCGGCGCUGCUGAAGAGGCUGAGCAUCAUCCUCCCCCCUGGACAGGAGAGUCGGCUGAUCGCCCAGGCCUAUGAUGGGGCUGCAGUCAUGAGGGGAGCCACAGGUGGAGUGCAGCACAAGGUGAAGGAUGUUUAUGCUGGUGCGUACUACAUCCACUGCUACGCCCAUCAGCUCAACCUCAUCAUGCAGCAGGCAACAUCACACAUCCCCAGGGUCAGGGCUUUCUUUUCAGACCUUGAUGGUUUUUCUGUGUUCUUCUCCGGUUCACCCGAACGAACCGCCCUGCUCGACCAAAUUGUGGCUCACAGACUUCGAGGGGCUUCAACACCCACGUGGAACUUUCAUAAUCGUGCUGUAAACACAGUGUUUGAGCACAAGGAAGACCUCAUCAACUGUUUCCUAACCAUCAGAAACUCUGGUGACUUUGAUUCAGUCACUGUCAGAGAGGCCGGGUUCUUUGUGAGAAUACUGGAAGAAGAAGAUUUCUGCUUUCUCCUGGCCUUGUUUCACAACAUCCUGCCGCACGUGGACCUGCUGUUCACUCAGAUGCAGAAGAGGAACAUCGACUCCGUCUACAUCAGAGGAGUCAUCCAGACGUUCACCAACAGCAUGCAAAAGAUCAGGAACUCCAUUCCUGCUCUGAGUGAGGAAUACAGCACGUCUGUGCAGCAGCAAUCUGCAACAAGGAGGAAGAAAUUUGGAAAGGAAGAACAACAGAAGUUGGCUUCAGAGGUAUGUGAUACCAUUCUGUGCCAUGCCCAAGAGCGCUUCUCUUUCACCAAGCACCUCAUCAGCGCCACUCUGCUCCAUGGAGACCUGUUCAUGCUCUACACCGGACAGUUCCCCAGUUCAGCGCUGGAAGCUGCCGUGGAGGCGUACCCCAUGUUGAACAAAGCCAAGCUGAAAACGGAGCUGUCCCUCAUCUAUGAGAACCACGAGUUCAAGGCCUGCAGUGGCGCUCUGCCUCUGUUCCAGUUCUUCGUGGAGAACGACCUUCAGGGCACGUUCACUGAGACCGUGACUCUUCUCAAGAUCCUCCUCACCACACCCAUGACGACAGCAGAGUCAGAAAGAUGCUUCUCGACUUUGAAGAGAAUCAAAACGUUCCUGAGGAACACCGUGACGCAGGAUCAUCUGAACGCCCUGGCCAUGCUCUCCAUGGAGAAACAGCUUGUCAGCAACAUUCCUGACUUCAAUAAGAGAGUCAUCAAGAGCUUUGCUACACAGGAGGGCAGAAGGGCAAAAUUCCAGUACAAAUAAGAGACACAUACAGAUGUGGACAAAAGUGAUGGUAAACCGAAUGUUAAUAUUUUGUUGCACAAUGUUGUUGAGCCAACCACUGCAGUCAGGUGAUUUCUGUCGCUGUUAGUGAGACUUCUGCACCUGUUCCUGGUGAACAAACUGCUCCAGCUCCUCCCAAAGAACAUUCCAUUCUCUUGUAUUUAGAUAUUCUUCGGUGAAACUGACGACCCCUGACCUCGGCCAGGCUUUCUGAAGCUGGGCAGCACAUUUGGCUCCAGAAUGCCUUCAUAGUCAAGAGAUUUCACCGAACUUUGCACAGAUUCAAGACACACGAUCAGUAUUUUUAUAUUUGUGGAUACAUUUAAAACAUACGUGCCUUGUUGCUUUAACAUUAAAGUACUGUUUCAUGUUCUCAGUUGAUCAAAAAAACUAAAAAUCUGUGUUGAAUAAAGAUAUUUUUU